AUUAUUAUGACGGUAAAAGUGACAGUGGCUACUUGGCUUGGAGGCUUAAAUACAUUCAAAGAUGCAAUGCCCAAGAAAGAAGAUCAGUUGAAGCCUCUUCUACUGAAGGAAUAAGUGGUGAAGCACUGUUGGGAGGACCAACUGCCAGACGGGAGUUCCAGUAUCUUCCAGAGGCACCUCUGAGUGACAAAGAAUGUCGAGGAGCCAUGUCACUGAUGACACAUUCAGCUGAUGAAAACACAGUAAAGAAGAAAAUGAAGCAAACUUUUGCUUAUCGGCGAAGCAUGGUCCUGGACUCCCAGUUGUCAAGCAACAUACUGUCACACUUUCCACGAUUCAAAGAUGUCACAGGAUUGAUCGAACAAGAUUUUGUUCUGAUGUUUGGUGAGGAUGUAUCUGGCAAGCUUCUGGAGAACUGGCCAACAAUGUUCAAGGAGAAGAUAAUCAAGCAGUGCAGAAAACUUCCAUCUACCACAAACCUGGAUGACCUUCUGUUGGCUGCAGAUCCUCAGAAGGAUGAUGCUGGUGGCGCUGAUUUUGGCUGGGAUAGUGACAUUUCUUCUAUUUUGCUGCUUCUGCAUCUUCUUCCACCCACUGCUCAAGGGAAGAUGUCAGCAUCUCGAGCAGAAAACAUCUUGUGGUCUUCAAGAAGAAUGGUAUUUGAUCACCCGCACUAUCAGGCUGACACCACUUUCUGCCUAUUAAGCCUUGUCCAGGGAUCCGGGUCCUUGGCGGAUUAUACCAUUGAGUUCUGGACAUUGGCUGCAGAGGUGGACUGGACCGACAGCAAGCUAAAAGCCAUCUUCAAGAAAGGACUAAGUGAACAGCUAAAAGACUAA